AUGAUCGGCGCCGGAAAGAUCAAGCAGUACGGUAACGUCCUCGACAAGCCCCUCACCAAGGGCAAGCAAGAGGUUAGUUUGAGUGCAUUCGCGUUCUUGUUUUCGGAGCUUGUUCAGUACAACCAAACGCAGGUCGACAAUAUUGGGGAACUCGAACGAAGACUGGAGGAUGCUGGAUAUGCGGUUGGGGCUCGAGUUCUUGAGCUGCUUUGCCACAGAGAUAAGGGAAACAGGAGGGAGACACGGCUGUUGGGUAUUCUUUCUUUUGUACACAGUACAGUGUGGAAAGUAUUAUUUGGAAAGGUAGCUGAUUCACUGGAGAAAGGAACCGAACAUGAAGAUGAAUACAUGAUCAGUGAAAAGGAGCUUCUAGUAAACAAAUUCAUUUCUAUCCCAAAGGACAUGGGAACGUUCAACUGUGGAGCUUUUGUUGCUGGAAUAGUACGGGGCGUUUUGGACUGUGCCGGAUUUCCAGCUGUUGUAACUGCGCAUUUUGUGCCCAUGGAAGGUCAACAACGACCACGGACAACAAUUUUGAUAAAAUUUGCUGAAGAGGUGUUACGAAGAGAAGCAAGAUUAGGCUGA